GCGCAGCCCCAGGCCGCCGAGGGACGGCGGGGCCGGCGCCAUGGCCGAGCGGGGCCGCCUCGGCCUGCCCGGCGCGCCCGGAGCGCUCAACACCCCGGUGCCCAUGAACCUGUUCGCCACCUGGGAGGUGGACGGCUCCAGCCCCAGCUGCGUGCCCAGGUUAUGUAGCCUGACCCUGAAGAAACUGGCAGUGCUCCGGGAGCUGGAGAAGGAGCUCCUGUCCGUGGUGAUUGCUGUCAAGAUGCAGGGUUCCAAGCGUGUCCUGAGAUCACACGAGAUUGUGCUGCCUCCCAGUGGACAGGUGGAAACUGACCUGGCUCUGACCUUCUCUCUCCAGUACCCCCACUUCCUGAAGAGAGAAGGCAACAAGCUCCAGAUCAUGCUGCAGCGCAGAAAGCGGUACAAGAACAGAACAAUCCUGGGCUACAAAACGCUGGCUGCAGGCUCUAUCAACAUGGCUGAGGUAAUGCAGCACCCCUCCGAGGGUGGCCAGGUGCUGAGCCUCUGCAGCAGCAUCAAAGAGGCCUCUGUCAAGGUGGCUGAGAUCUGGAUCGUCUCCCUGUCCAGCCAGCCCAUCGACCAUGAGGAUAGUGCAAUGCAGGCUGGCCCCAAGGCCAAAUCCACAGAUAACUACUCUGAGGAGGAGUAUGAGAGCUUUUCCUCUGAGCAAGAAGCCAGUGAUGAUGCUGUACAAGGGCAGGAUCUUGAUGAGGAUGACUUUGAUGUGGGAAAACCCAAGAAGCAGCGGCGCUCGAUAGUAAGAACGACGUCCAUGACCAGGCAACAGAACUUCAAGCAGAAGGUGGUGGCGCUACUGCGCAGGUUUAAAGUGUCAGAGGAGGUCCUAGAUUCGGAGCAGGACCCUGCAGAACAUGUUCCUGAGGUGGAGGAGGACCUGGAUCUUCUGUAUGACACACUGGACGUGGAGAACCCCAGCGACAGUGGCCCUGACAUGGACGAUGAUGACAGUGUCCUUAGCACCCCCAAGCCCAAGCUAAGGCCAUACUUCGAAGGCCUGUCACACUCCAGCUCACAGACAGAGAUAGGGAGCAUCCACAGUGCCCGGAGCCACAGGGAGCCUCCAAGCCCGGCUGAUGUACCUGAGAAGAUGAGAUCCCUGGGAGGCCAGCAGCCAAGUGACAGCAUCUCUGACACGGUAGCCCUUAGUUCACCAGCCCCUCGGGAGGCAUCAGGGCAACCUGAUGAUAGUCCAGAGGCUGAGACGUCUACCCUGGAUGUGUUCACUGAGAAGCUGCCACCCAGCGGAAGAAUCACCAAGACUGAGUCUCUUGUCAUCCCCUCCACCAGCAGGUCAGAGGCAAAGCCAGCUGGCCGCCGGGGCCGGAGCACAUCCCUGAAGGAGCGGCAGCCAGCUCGACCGCAGAAUGAGCGGGCCAACAGCCUGGACAAUGAGCGCUGUCCAGACACGAGGAGCCAGCUGCAGAUUCCCAGGAAAACUGUGUAUGACCAACUGAACCACAUCCUCAUCUCUGAUGACCAACUCCCCGAGAAUAUCAUUCUUGUCAACACCUCUGACUGGCAGGGACAGUUCCUCUCAGAUGUCCUACAGAAGCAUACACUUCCUGUGGUAUGCACAUGCUCUGCUGCUGAUGUGCAGGCUGCCUUUAGCACCAUUGUCUCUCGGAUACAGCGAUACUGCAACUGCAAUUCUCAGCCACCAACCCCUGUGAAGAUCGCGGUGGCGGGAGCACAGCAUUACCUCAGCGCCAUCCUGCGGCUCUUCGUGGAGCAGCUGUCUCACAAGACGCCUGACUGGCUUGGCUACAUGCGCUUCCUCAUCAUCCCCCUGGGCUCCCACCCUGUGGCCAGGUACCUGGGUUCUGUGGACUACCGCUACAACAACUUCUUCCAGGAUCUGGCCUGGAGAGACCUGUUCAACAAGCUGGAAGCCCAGAGCAGUGUGCAGGACACACCAGACGUCGUGUCACGCAUCACCCAGUACAUCUCAGGAGCCAACUGUGCUCACCAGCUGCCCAUCGCAGAGGCUAUGCUGACCUACAGGCAGAAGAGGAAAAAGCACUUUCACUUUGACUUUACCCUGAGCCCUGAUGAAGAAUCCUCUCAGAGGUUCAUUCCCUUUGUUGGGGUUGUGAAGGUUGGAAUUGUGGAACCAUCUUCAGCCACAUCAGGAGACUCGGACGAUGCAGCCCCCUCGGGCUCCAGUGUGCUGUCUUCUACACCACCGUCUGUGUCUACAUCUCCUGCGGCCAAGGAGGCUUCACCUACUCCACCCUCCUCCCCUUCAGUGAGCGGAGGCCUGUCCUCCCCCAGCCAGGGCAUCGGCGCCGAGCUCAUGGGGCUGCAGGUGGACUACUGGACGGCAGCACAGCCCGCGGACAGGAAGAGGGAUGCUGAGAAGAAGGACUUGCCCACCACCAAAAACACGCUCAAGUGCACUUUCCGGUCCCUCCAGGUCAGCAGGCUGCCCAGCAGUGGCGAGGCUGCAGCCACACCCACCAUGUCCAUGACUGUGGUCACCAAGGAGAAGAACAAGAAGGUGAUGUUUUUGCCCAAGAAAACCAAGGACAAGGAUGUGGAAUCUAAAAGCCAGUGCAUCGAAGGCAUCAGCCGACUGAUCUGCACAGCUAAGCACCAACAGAACAUGCUUCGGGUCCUCAUCGAUGGCGUGGAAUGCAGCGAUGUCAAGUUCUUCCAGCUGGCUGCCCAGUGGUCUUCCCAUGUGAAGCACUUCCCUAUCUGCAUCUUUGGACACUCCAAGGCCACCUUCUAGCCCUACCCACGGAAGGGCUGACACAGGACAGUGGAGGGGCCCAUGUCCUGCUCUGUGUCAGCUAUCAAUGGAGGGACACUGUGUUUCUGUUAACAUGUGGUUACUACAGAGACAGACUCUUCAAAACACAAAGAAACAGUCUUAAGUAUGAAUGUGCUCACAGCCCAGAAACUAAGGGGAAGCUAGCUCCCUGUGGGCCACCGAGUAACUUUGCUCUGCUUAUUAACCAGAAUAUGUGGGCAGUGGAAAGGCUGGUAAGAAGGGAGGUGAGCUCUGGUCUCAUGAAACCCCAGGACCACAAGCAAGAAGUGUUCUUGUCUUUGUGUCCUGUCCUUCCCUGAAGUCAGGAAUCUGCUUUCUUGGGGGGUAGGGAGCAGGGUUCAGGCUUUGGAGUUUAGUGGCCAAAAGCUGAGGGUAAAGGGCAUGUUUGGUCUCCUAGCAUGGGAUGUCGGCCCCUAGCACCCCCAUGUGUGGUUCCCAAUAAACUCCAGCCUCAUGGCGGAGGUUUUACAGUAGCAGAUCUUUCUAAUGCUCUCAGAUACAUUUGACGACGUAGCUGCCAAGCAGAUGUUGCUCUUGUGAAGUCCCCUUGGGUGGGGUAAAGCCAGCAGGAGCUACAUACCCACCCCUGCCCCUCUGGCUCCAGCUCCAGAGGCACUGCUAGGCUUCUGUGGAUCCUGCUGCUCAGAUAGGUGUCCUUGCACAUUUCCCAGUGUUUGUCCUGGAAAUGGGAGACACUGCUGGGUCUGUCUGAGGCCUGCUCUACCAUGCCCUUCCACCUCUCUUCUGCCUGCUGGACAGGAACAUCCAGGACUGGCCAUGUGGGGUUGAGAAUCAAGGUUGUAAACUGGAAACAGGCAACUAGAGGGGUGUGUGUGUGUGUGUGUGUGUGUGUGUGUGUGUGUGUGUGUGUGGUGUGGUGUGGUGUGGUGUGGUGUGGUGUGUGUGUGGUGUGGUGUGUGGUGUGGUGUGUGGUGUUUAGUGUAGCCAGUGGAGGAAACAGGCAACUAGAGAGGGGUGUGUGUGUGUGUGUGUGUGUGGUGUGGUGUGCGGUGUUUAGUGUAGCCAGUGGAGGAAACAGGCAACUAGAGAGGGGUGUGUGUGUGUGUGUGUGUGUGUGUGUGGUGUGGUGUUUAGUGUAGCCAGUGGAGGAAACAGGCAACUAGAGAGGGGUGUGUGUGUGUGUGUGUGUGUGUGUGUGUGUGUGUGUGUGUGUGUGUGUGUGUAGCCAGUGAAGGCUCCAGCAGGCUGGUCUAACUACAGAAGCUAUCCAAGGGUCUAUCCAAGCUAAGCUCCUCAAAGAAGCCACCUGGAUCCCAUUCUUGGUGGCAGCUCUGUCCUCCACCACCUUCCCACUCAGCAGGAGAGGGAUGUGCUGGCCUGCAGCAAGUAUCAUCCUGACUGUACAUGCCCCACCAGAUUCAUGAAGGGGUUACUGCCUCAGUCCUAAUUUUUUCAAGAAUCCUUUCUUCCUCUCUGGGGUGUCAUUGGAAGAAUGAAUGCCUGCCCCUUUGAAAGCUGUGGCACUCCCGGGCACCCUGGUGGUUCAAUAGGAGCCCAGAGUUUGGGGUCCUGACCUUGAGAACCUCCUAAGAGCAUGCUCAGAAAAUUGCCAACAAUAGGGCUGAGUUUGAGGACUCCUCACUUUUCCUUGGGUGAAAGAUGGCCCAUUUUCUUUUUACUUACUUCCCCACCCCACCUUGCUGAAAAGAGUCCAUUUGCCCAGGGUGAGGCCCUGUACUGCUGCUGGGUUGGGCCCUAAUCCCUGGGCACAGGGCUUAGUGGUAGUGGAACCCCUGGUGAGGAGUACUCUGAAAAGAUCCUGUUACAGAGCCAGGCCACUGUGAUCCUUGGAGCUUAAGAGCCUGGCUUACCCUACCACUUGCGUUUCUUCCCAAAGGUCAACCUUGGUAGGAAAGAUUUGGCCUGGAAUUCUGGCCUUGAGGCAAUGGGUGGGGGGGAGGGGAGCAGAGGGAGGAUGUUUCAAGCUUAUGCCUGAGAACAGCCCCUUUCCUGGAGAACUCUUCCUCUGUACAUGCGUCCUUGAUUGUCCAGAGGUCUGACUUUAUACAAGAGAAGGGUAUGGGCAGAGAGCCUCUGUCAGCAGCUGGCCCAAGACGAAGUCAGUAAAGCCUAGCACAUGAGCACCAUGCACCCACCACCAUAGCAGCGCCAGGUGCAGACCUAGAAGCAGUCAUCCCCUGUGCCUCAGUUUCCCCGUUGGUUAAAGAGAGAUGGUCCAUUUUCCUUGCCUACCUCAUGGAGCUGUAAUGAGGAUUCAAGAGAAGCACUUUUGUCCCUUUGAAGGAUGACUAGACACCAAAGCCCCCUGACAGGCAGUGCAGUGUUGAGGACAGCAGUGUGCGAUACAUCCCACAGGCCUUAGGCCUGGCCACACAGCCUGUGUGGAUGGGAAGGUUCGCCCUCAUUCCUGUCAGUUGGGGGCCCUGCCUCCUACCUUCACGUUGGCCCCUGCCACCACCCUCUGAGUAUGCAGCUCAGUAUCACUGUUUGGUACCAGAGCGGGGAGGGGAGGGGUGGCCCUCGGCUCCUGUGCAAUGGCUUGUCCUAGCCUUAUCCUGCAGGCCUCAUUUCUGCCUCUAGCCUCCAUCUCAAAUGAAUUCCUUAUAAAAAAUGUCCCGGCACUUCUUCCCUGAGCCAGGGUACUGGACCCUCACCUGCUCUCCAAACCCCCACGCCCUCCGGAGACUGCUCUGUCCUGGAGAGGGGCCAGCAGAGGCUGACCGCCUUGCGUGAGGAUGACUCCGUCCACUUCUGAAGACUGUCCAGCGCGUUGUGACUGAUUUCUAGGGUGUGUGUAUGUAUUGCUAGUUUGUUUGUUUUUAGUGGAAAGCAGGAUUCAUGUAAAUAGCUUUUUUGGGAACAGAUGCUGAUCUGUCCCAUGCGACCAUGUGGACGAUUUUAAGGUGCUGAAGCGACACUAAUAAACUGACGGCGCUCA